GACACGGGUAUAUAAGCAGGCGCCCGAGACGAGACUGGCACUUCAUGCUCAGCUGUGUUACAGAAAUUCAUGUACCAGUAUCUACUGUAUUGACAUAAUGAAGAGAAAACGACAAUUGAGUUUAAAAUCAACAAAUGAAUCUCGUGAAGGACAUUCUACCAGAUUCUUCUACGGUAACUCACAGACACAAAAAUCUGACGAAAAUUUGACAUUUUCUUCAUCGUCAUCAACUCCAAAGACAGAAGAGUCAGAACAUCGAAAAGCAGAGAAGAAAACUUUUGUCAUGAGUGGAAGAUUUAGAUUAAAAUCACCAACCAGAUCUCGCGAAGAAGUGUGUGUCAGUUCGAUUGGAAAGACUGAAAAGCAAAUUUUAUCUUCGAGUAAAGGACCGGAAAAAAAAUUUCAUUUCAUAGUCAAAGAUUAAGUUUGAAAUGUAAGUUUU